AUGGCCCGCAAAGGCGGGGGCUCGACUCAACGUAUGGCUCCGCCGCCUAUAACAAGUGGGCAUUCAAAUGGCAUCCCUCCGCCGUCGACUAUUGCUGCGCAGAUUGUUCACAAUGCCUCAAAUGUCAACGCGCAACGCGAUGAAGCUACCAAAGUCACGUUUGGUGAGUUGGUCAAAGAGUUCUUACAGCACCCAAACACGGAUGAGCCUGACCCUCAGCUGGUUGCACUCAUAUGUGUGAUUGCCGAAGCAGGGCUUGAGGGCCUUUUCAAAGAUGACCCAUUUGCUCAAGAUCAACAAAGACAGCAGGGGAUUGACAGCAUUGCGGCACUCAUGUUUAUCUUGCAGCAGAAACCGCAUCUGCUUGUGAGCAUCAAACAGGGUGACGACGAGAGCAUUGCUGGUCCUCCGCUCAUCCUCUGGCUGUACCCUAAGCUGCUUGGUUUGUUGACACAUACGACACUGCAACCUGUACACAAGCAUGUCCAGCAGCUUUUGCAUCUUUGUCUCAAUGCAUUGACUCAGACUUCUACAUUAUGGCGUCCAGCGGCAACGGUGCUGCAGCUCUACAGAUCUUGCGUACAAUGUAUCCUUUCGGAAGUUGGGGCCUUGGACAACCCGGACUCACCCCCAGCGUCGUCUUUCAGUCUAGUUCUACCACCAUCAAGCGCUGUCAACAGCUUCUGGCCAGAAAGCCAGCAGUUCGUUGCAUUACCUCAUGAUCUGCAGCGGGCUAUCUCGUCUCAUCACGGAGCUAUUCACAUAGGCUUUUGCCUCUUACUUGCCCUGGUAGAUACUAUACACUCGCAAAGCAAGCCACUUUCAACCUCGGUUACCCUGGAGCAUCACUUGCCUUGGAUCGUGGACAGCGUGCAGGUUUUGUGGCGGCAUUACAGACGUUGGACGGUAUCUUCGGAGAGGCGCGCAAUCUAUGAUGAGAUUCUGCUCGUAUACAUGCAGUUGCUGGAGUCAUUAUUCAUCUCUUCGGUUACGCCUAGAGAUCGGGCGCCAGCUUCGUCGAAGAUCGCUCAAGCGCUCACCAGCAGUCUUGUAGAACUCCUCCAUAGCCCGUCUGCUACGCAGACAUCAGAAGUUAUUCAGAUCCGAAUAGCAUCCAUAUUCACUCGCCUGCGCAGCAUUCUUGGCUAUCAAUCAAUUGACAACUCGACCCCGCGACGACGACAAGAUGUAGCCCGACAUGUUGUCCAGAACGAAAUUGAGCAUGCUGUGAACAGGCUGUUUCAAGAUGAAGAAUGUUUCGUAAAACUCCAUAGAGACUUGCAGCUGGCAUUUUGUCUUUGGGCCUCACCAGGUAUACAGUCUAUGCAAGUUGCAGAGCUACGAAAAGAGCUUUGUGAGAAUGAAUUUGGCAGUUUCUCUGAUGUUCAACUUUCCGAGGAAUCAAUGUCCGCUGUCAAGGCAUUCCGAGCCUUAAACCUGGGUGACGGAGAUAGACCAGCCAAGCGGCGGAAAAGGUUGCCAGAAUCUUCAGAAGAUAUCAACCAGGAUACUCUUGAGCGAAUCAGGGUAAUUUUGAAUGGUAGCAUAGAGGAAUCCCCGACGAUCUGCUUGUCUAAUCCGCAGGAAGUUAUUGAGGCGAGAUACUUUUCCCUGCCGGAUGACGAGCAGGAGAAUGAGAGUGCACAGAAAGAAAUUAUCACAGCAUUAACAAGAGUUGCUUGCGCUGGUUCGCGAUCUCUGGAAUUGCCACGGCUCACGUCGCAUUCAUUGGAUUCCCUUAAUUGUACCUUGUGUGAUAUCAAUAACCAGCAAGAACGAAGUGAAAACUCUUAUUGGAACCUCCAGGAUCGCUCCGAGAACUGGAAAGAUGCCAUUGAGACCAUGCUUGCAAUCGUCAGGGAAGAAAAAUUUCAAGCAUCGUCACGAUCAAAAAUCCUCAUGGCUGUGGCUAUUGGCCGUUUAUACAACCAUAUCUCAGAUGCUGAAUAUUUAGCUCUUGAGUAUUGCGGGCUAGGACAAUGGUUACUUGCAAGUAUGAGCAGAUCCCUGCGAGAGCUGAAAAUUGCAGCUGCGAACUCCCUUAUGGUUUUUCUUCGCAACGACAUUUCGAGAAGUACCCGCGAAAAGAACCGGAGGUAUACUAUAGAGUUUCUCGAUGCACUCGCAAAGAGAGAUUUUCUGUCCGACCAGGAGACGCUAAUCAUGGCUUAUGGUCGAAUUGCUCAAACAUGCGGCGAACUGGAGCUUCCAAUCAUACUGCAUCAUCUCGUCGAGUACCUUGGUCACCCGAACGCACUAGUGUGUGGUAUGGCUUACCGUGAGCUCGAGUCAAUUGCCAAAGGACUUUCCAUGGAUACAACGCAGUUGUUGCGCCCAUACUGGAAAGUUAUCGGAUUUUCCGUUAUCAAGGAUAUUGUCAACAAACCCCAGAAGGCACAGCAAUUGGCAGAUCUAACUGAACAAAGCGUUCGCCAACUUCUUGUGCAAACUCAAUCGGACACACUACCUCAUCUUGUGUUGAGUAAAAGGAGAGAUAUCAUUGAGAAGAUUGCUCAAGCACGAAAGGCCGCCGUUAUCGACGUAUUGACGUAUCCAAGAGUCAAUCUUGCUAAGAUCUUAGCUUUGCUUCUAUCACAACCUGUGCCUGAUGUUGAACGCACUGCAAUGGAAACACUGGCUGCUGUUGAACCCGCUAUUCGUGACGGCAGCAAUAACAGACUGGAGUCCUGGGUUGCGCUGGACAUAACGGGCAUUGCUAUUGAAAUACUCUUGUUAGCAGCUGAUCAAGAAGGAGUCAGAAAGAAGCCGUUUUACAACGGGUUUACCACACUCGCAACGCUUGCACCGGAUACCAAAUCAGGCCCGCGAAAGUCUACGUCGAAAUCAAAGAACCUUGAUGCCUUCUGCGAAACACAUAUUCUCGGCAUCAUAGCAUAUUUCUCCAAUGUGAUCGAAACACCAAACUCUCCUGGAAAGACUGUGCCGUAUACCAUGCCGGAGCGGAGGAGGUGUAUAGCUGCCAUUGGCGAUCUCAUCAAUCUCGCUCUCUACAGUGUGAACGGGGCUUUACCUCAGAUCCGCGCUUGCCUCCAGUCAGCUAUGGCAGAUCCCCAUCUUUGCGAUGAUACGUUCAGUGUCUGGUCAGAUUUCCUAUCAGCUCUCGAUGCAGACGAGACAAUGCUAAUCAUCGAUCAAACUUUUGCGCUGAUCGUCCAGCAUUGGAAUAUUUUCUCGGAAGAGACACAUGCCAAGGCUCACAAAACCAUCGAAAACAUUAUUGCACAGCACAACUCACAACUCCGAGCAAGAGUUGAGUAUCUCCCUUCCCUGGGAAGCAUUCCGAUGUUGUCCAAAAUAGAAGGAGAGCUAGUCAGAUUUAAGGACAUGGUAGAGACAAUCAAGGUCUUUCAUGCCUUCAGCAAUCGGUGCAAAGAUCAGAAUUCUGUCGUAGUGCGUCAAGCACUUAGAGAGCUUGUGCCCUUCUUGGAAGAAAACCAGGAAGAGCUGCAUCAGUCGGUAGUCGGCCAAAAGCCACUUCCUGUGUUGGCAGCCUUGACUAGAUCUCUCCUUGAUGCUAGCGUUCGAUUUUCCGAAGACCAUUCUGAUAUCACCAUACUAUGUGCACAGUGUCUCGGAAUCAUCGGUGGUCUUGAUCCAUAUCGAGUAGAGACGGUUCGAGAGAAAAAGCGCGUAUUGAUGCUGUCGAAUUUCUCACGUAGAGACGAAGACAUUGACUUCGUAGCAUUGCUUCUUGAGCAGGUCCUCGUCAAGGUUUUCUUGUCUACAACGAACGCAAAAGCACAAGGAUGGAUUGCCUAUGUUAUGCAGGAGAUGCUAAAGCACUGUGGUUUCAGUGCUCUUCGCGGAGCAAAGCCUCGGUCAUCUCAAGGCAGCACGGAGGCACAACGCUGGAAUAAUAUUCCAGAAGCUGUGAGAACCGUAUUGACACCUUUCCUGGAUUCAAAAUACUCUGUCAAUAUGAAUCCCGCUUUGCAAUACGAGGGCGCAAAAUACCCCAUCUUUCAUCAAGGACUUAGUCAUACAACCUGGCUUCAGACUUUUGUUUAUGACUUGCUGCGAAAAGGGCAAGGCGUCAAUGUCGAGAUGGUCUUCCCAGUUUUAGCCCGAAUAAUCAGGGGUUACGACCUCUCAAUCGCAACGUUCAUUCUUCCAUUCGCGGCUCUGAACGUUGUCGUGUCUGAUAACGAAGAGAACAUGGCCAACGUUGGGCGAGAACUUCUUCAGGUAUUGCAAGCCGAUCUGUCCAAAAUGGAGCAGCAUGAGGCAUCUACUACAAAGCAAUGUAGCGAGAACGUAUUCCAGACGCUUGACUACUUUUCAUUGUGGUUACAGGAAAAGCGGAAAUCCUUGUCAGAUGCCAGAGUCAUGGCUGGCAAGACAGGUCGCGGUGUUCACGAGAACGAAGAGAUGAACGCAAUAAAGCAGGUCAGUCGUGUAGAAGGCAUACUUCAACUCAUUCCUGCAGAGAUCAUAUCUCAGAGAGCUGUUGAAUGCGGUUCGUAUGCUCGAGCUUUGUUCCACUGGGAGCAGUACUAUCGCCAACAACGGGACGUAAAGGCGGAAUCAAACCAGCCCUUUUUAGAGAAGGACGAACUUUUGCAACACCUGCAGAUGAUCUAUGCCCAUAUUGAUGAACCGGACAGCAUAGAGGGAAUAUCGGCUCACCUCAAGGUACUCAAUCCGGAACAGCAGAUAAUUGAAGAUCGUAAAGCUGGUCGAUGGACUGCGGCUCAGAGCUGGUAUGAGAUUGCACUUGCUGAGAGACCGAACGACGCCGAAACCCAAAUCAAUCUUUUGACGUGUCUGAAGGAAUCUGGCCAAUACGAUGCGAUUCUCAAUUAUGUUGAUAGCUUCUACGCCAACAACUCAUUUUCAGCCAAGACGUUGCCUUUUGCCGCUGAGGCAGCUUGGUCAGCUGGGAAAUGGGAACAACUCGAGCGCCUCCUUAGCAAUUCCCAUUCCACGGAUUCCAAUUCUUUCAUGGACUUCAACGUAGGUAUAGGUCAAGCACUCUUAGCACUUCGUCAUGACAAGGUUGCCGAAUUUCAACGUCUCAUUGCACAGCUCCGAGAACUUGUAGCAAAGAGCUUAACAGUAUCAACAACGGCUUCUGUCCAAGCAUCACAUGAGCAUUUGGUCAAGCUUCAUGCGCUGUACGAAUUAGAGGCUGUAAGUGGUACGGGUACGGUAACAGUAGACCGUGAAGUGAUUCUAGAGAAUCUUGAUCGACGCCUGGACAUUAUCGGAGCUUACACCUCAGACAAGCAAUACCUAUUAGGUAUUCGUCGUGCAGCGAUGAAACUGUCUCGGAUUCAGUUCAACAAACUCGACAUUGCAUCUGCGUGGCUCACGACGGGAAGACUUGCUCGCAAGGGCGACUUCAUGACGACUGCAUUCAACUCCGUACUCCAUGCCGAACGACUAGGAGACAAUGCAUCAAAAAUUGAGUACUCCAAGCUGUUAUGGAAAGAAGGCCAUCACCGCAAAGCUAUUCAAAACCUGCGUGGUGCAAUCGAUAGUAAUGUGUUUCAGCAUGACGAGACUGUGCCUAUUAACGUUUCGGUGACCACUUCUGGCCGAGGAGAAGAGCACCCAAUGAACAAGGUCAAGUGCCACGCUCAACUGUUGCUCGCGAAAUGGCUUGAUCGUGCUGGUCAGACACAAGCGGUUUCUCUCAAAGAAGAGUACGUGACUGGUGUCACAACCUAUCCCCGGUGGGACAAAGGUCACUACUAUCUAGGGAGAUGGUACCUUAAGCUAUUGGAGUCCGAGAAACAGCAGUCAGUAGCGAAGCAAAGCCCAGAAUAUCUAUCUGGAAGCUUGACUAAGCUCGUCAUUGAGAAUUUUGUUCGAUCAACGGUCUACGGAACAAAGUACUACUAUCAAACUCUGCCCAAGAUACUCACGCUGUGGCUGGACAUGGGCAUGGAAGUCAUGAAUAACGUCCCACGCGCCGCAAAGGAUAAAGAAUUUCAUGAACAUCGGCUGGGCUAUCUCGACCAUAUCAACAAGUAUCUGAAGCGCUAUGCAGGAGAGCGAAUGCCCGCUUUCGCAUGGUACACCGCCUUCCCGCAGAUCAUCACACGCAUCAGCCAUCCCAAUAAGACUGUCUGGGAUGCUCUCCAGAUGAUCAUCAUUCGAGUUGCUUCAUCAUACCCUCAGCAAUCGCUAUGGGCUUUAUUGGCUGUCCUCCAUUCAACCCAGGACGACCGCCGAAUCCGUGGCUCUGGAGUGCUGCAAAAACUACGCGAUACAUCAAAGCGCAAGGGAACGUCUGUUGAUCUUAAGAAUCUCAUCAUUCAGGGCCAGCGACUUACUGAUGCGUUGCUGGCGGCUUGCGAUGCCCCAAUUGAAUCGCGAGUUGCACGUGUGAGCCUAGCAAGGGAUCUUGGAUUCAGCCACAAGCUUGCUCCUACUCAACUAGUGGUUCCAAUUGAGACCAACCUUCUCCCAAAUUUACCAGUAGGUAAUGAUAGCCAAGCCAUUCGUCGUCACAACCCAUUCCCUGUAGACCCCAUCACGAUCCAGUCGUUCGAUGACGACGUGCUGGUCUUGUCAUCACUUCAGCGCCCACGAAAGCUGAACGUCCGUGGAUCCGAUGGACGCUCUUACGGACUGCUCUGCAAACCAAAAGACGAUUUACGCAAAGAUCAGCGUCUAAUGGAGUUCAAUGCUAUGAUCAACCGGGCUCUACAAAAGGACAUUGAAUCCAGCAAGCGUCGCCUGUACAUCAAGACAUACGCAGUCACUCCACUCAAUGAAGAGUGCGGAACAAUCGAAUGGGUUGAGGGCCUCAAGCCAAUGCGCGACAUCAUUAUGCGUUUCUAUCGCCAGCGCAACAUCUCUAUUGAUUACAACGAGAUCCGCAUGCUACUCAACGAAGCCUCGUCAUCGCCAUCCAAGAUCCCCAUCUUCACCGAGCGCAUCCUCGGCAAGUUCAAACCCGUGCUGCACGAAUGGUUCGUCGAAACCUUUCCCGAACCAGAAGCAUGGUUUGCCGCACGCCUGCGCUACACUCGAUCCUGCGCAGUGAUGAGCAUCGUAGGCCACGUCCUGGGUCUGGGUGAUCGUCACGGCGAAAACGUGCUCCUGGAACAAGGCGACGGUGGUACCUUCCACGUAGACUUCAACUGUCUCUUCGACAAAGGUCUUACAUUCGAGAAACCCGAACUCGUUCCCUUCCGCCUGACGCACAACAUGGUGGAUGCCAUGGGCCCGCAAGGCGUCGAAGGCCCGUUUCGCAAAGCAGCAGAGCUCACGUAUAAGCUUCUUCGCCAGCAUGAAGAUACGCUCAUCACGAUAUUGGAGACGUUUGUGCACGAUCCUACGGCCGACUUUCUGGGUGGGAAGCGCAGGAAGAAGAUUGCGGGUGUGCCGGAUACGCCGCAGGAAGUUUUGGACAUUACGAGGACAAAAGUGAAUGGGUAUUUGAAGGGUGAGAGUGUACCGCUGAGCGUGGAGGGCUAUGUCGAGGCGCUUAUUGCCAUGGCGAGGGAUCCACAGAACCUGGCGGCCAUGUACAUUGGAUGGUGUGCCUUCUUUUAA